GUUCUUGCUUAAUUUUGGUGGGAUAACGGGGAGGCCCGACCCCCCCGGCAGCGCUGCGCCCCGGCUUCGUCCUCGGUUGCGUGGCACCGAUGGGGGUUCUCUUUGAGGUCCCAAUUAUGGGACCAAACCGGCGUCACGAGCGUUUUUUGGGGACAGCGGCUGGUGGGAUUGUCCUAAAAUGUCCAAAAAGCCACGCAAAGUGACAUUUUGGUGAAUUUUAUGCCUUUUUUUUUUUUUUUUUUAAGGGAGGAGACCUCAAGGACUUGCUGCCCCCCUCGAACCAGCUCAGGUCACCCCUAGAAAUGCAGGAGGAGCCCAUACAUCAUCCAGGUGCAUCCAGACCCCGAAUUCCCGGGGGAUUUUCUGGGGCGCGGAUGAUUGCUUUUUCUUAUGACUAUUUAAUUGUGCAACGGUGCUUGUCCCCGCCGAGGGCUCCCGAGAUUUGCUGCCCUCGCCCCAUCGCUUGUGCAAGGGCCGGGCUUUGCGCUUUGUGACUUCUCUUUUUUUUUGCAGAUUUCUGAAAAUAUCCGUGUUCCCGUAACGCUAAAGCGGGGCAGGACGAGCCGUAAAUCCCCCCGGCCAGAUGAAAUGAUGCCUUUUUUUUUGUUUUGUUUUGUGUUUUUUGUUUUUUACGCAACUUGCUGAAUUUCUUAACAUUAGUGAGCGUUGCUUCGCUUGGCGACGCGGGAUUUUGAUGGGGGGGCGGAGGGUUGGCUUUUAGAAGCCUGCAUCAAAAAUCCGUCCAUCUAAUACAUCUAAUACAAAUCUCGUUUUUUGGUUUUUUUCGUUUUUUGGUUUUUUUAACUGGGAUGGAAAUCUGAGCAGCGGGUUCAUGGCCAAGGUGCUGGCGCAGGGCUGGUGCUGCGCGGAGGUGCUGCGUGGUGUUGACUUUAACCCCAACGUUUAACCUUAUUUAAGAAAAACAAAGGAGUUUAAUUAGACACGCAGAGGGUGGCAACCCCCCAAAUGAUUUAAUUUGCUGCCUUACAAGGCGGAAGAAUAUAUACAGUGUGGAAACAGCGUAGCUGGGGGGCCAGAGGUGCGGGCACCCAUCGACGGCAGUGCAUCCGGAUGGCACCGAUUUUUUAUUUUUUUUAUUUUAUUUUGAAUUUUUUUAAACCUUAAACAGGAUGGAGGCUGCCUCCUGCCUGGGUGUUAGACGCACACCUGGCUUCGUAAUGCAUAACUUGGCCAAAAAAACGCAUGGGUUUGAGCAAAACCCGCCAAAGUCAGGACUCUUGGUCGUACUCAGCAGCUGCGAGGCCGUAUCCUGCACUUUGCCGGUGCUAAACUCACCAAGUGAGGUUUUUGAACCUUCCUGGGAGCCUCCCUCGUGUCUCACUGUCCUAAUUGCUAAUUAGGAGCGGGAGAUACUUGCAGAAGCCAGAGCCCUGCCCCCGAGAUGGGGGUGCGGGGUCAGGACCCCCCCAGCGUGAUGGCGGAGCGGGAUUUGCGUGAUGCAGACGGAGGAUUUCGGUGCUUGGGGAGGGAUGCUCUUGGAUAACAGGGAUGCUCCCGGAUAACAGGGAUGCUCAGCAAGGCUUGGGGCUGGGGGCUUUCUGUUUGGGUGGCUGCUGCUGAAAUCAAGAGCUGGAGCCUGAUGCCCUCACCCAAAACCAUUGCUGGAGCCUAUGUAGGACCUAGAGCCGGAGCUACGGCCGGCGGUGCGAAUUCCCGUGUGCUGAAAGCCCCCUGACACACACACGGUGCUGUUUAACUCAACCCUUGGAGUCAUCCCCAAACCAGCUGGGCAGCUUGGAGGAAGAAAGGAGGAACCUCCUUUGCCAGCACAAGGCUAAGCCACGAAAAGAAAUUCGGCGUGCUGUUCUUCAUGACGCGUUAUUUAGCGGCGUGUAAUUGCAGCAAAUGACCACUCUGAAAAAUGGGGAGCCUGUGCAGAGCCCCCACCUCAUUCAAAUCGGCCUCACCUGGCGAACGGGCACGGCGGGCUGGGUUUGCCCUGGCGGGGAGCCGGCACACAGGCAGUCAUCGAGCCCCCGGAUCCUCCUUCCCCCUGGUCUGUGCCGUGGUGCUGCUGGGUUUUCUGGAGAGGCUUUUCCCUCCCUUUGCAAAACCCAAGACUAAAAGACCUUGAGCUGGCCAAGCUGGGGGACUCCGAUGUCCACGUCAAGAUGUUGGCAGCCCCCAUCAAUCCCGCCGACAUCAAUAUGAUCCAAGGGACCUACCCCAUCCUCUCCCCGCUGCCGGCCGUGGGAGGGAACGAAGGCGUCGGAGAAGUGCUGGAGGUCGGGCGGUGCGUGGCGGCUCUGAAACCCGGGGACCGGGUCAUCCCGGCGAGCACUGGACUCGGGACGUGGCGGACGCAUGGGGUGUUCCCGGAGGAGACGCUGCUGAAGGUGCCGGGUGACAUCCCGGUGCUGAGCGCCGCCACCCUCAGCGUCAACCCCUGCACGGCGUACCGCAUGCUGACCGACUUCCAGAACCUGGCGCCGGGUGACUCUGUCAUCCAGAACGCCGCCAACAGUGGUGUGGGCCAGGCUGUUAUCCAGAUCGCUAAAGCCUUUGGCAUCAAGACCAUCAACGUGGUGAGGGACAGACCUGAUCUCCCAAAGCUGGUGGAGAGGCUGGUGGCCCUGGGCGCAGACCACGUCAUCACGGAGGAGAUGCUGAGAAAGCCAGAGAUGAAAGAUCUAUUUAAGAGCAUCCCGAAGCCCCGGCUCGCCCUGAACUGUGUCGGAGGCAAAAGCACAACAGAGAUGCUGCGGCACCUGCAGCCCAAAGGGACCAUGGUCACCUACGGGGGGAUGGCAAAGCAGCCCGUGAUGGUGCCUGUGAGCGCCUUCAUCUUCCGGGACGUGCGGCUCCGUGGCUUCUGGAUGACGCAGUGGAGGAAGGACCACGCGCAGGACCAGGAGAGCCUGGCUGGCAUGAUGGACGCCCUGUGCCAGCUCAUCCAGAGGGGCCAGCUCACCGCACCGGCCUGCACCGAGGUCCCGCUCCAGGACUACAAGGCAGCGCUGGAGGCGUCCAUGAAGCCCUUCACCUCCUCCAAGCAGAUCCUCCUCCUCUGACCUGCAGCUCCACCGCAGCCAGGUUGUCCCUUGCUGCCUUGUCCGCAGACAAGAGGUGUUUAGAGGGGGAGGGAAAAACCUCCAGACCCAUUGAUUGUGAUUUUGAUUUAUUUUUUUUUUUUUUUUUUUUUUUGAAACUUUUGGGUGCCCACUGAAAGUUUUAAAAGCCUCUGCAGCUUUGCAUGGACGGUAGUGCGUGUAGUUGCUUCUGGAGGGAGGCUGUGCUUGAGCUGGGGUGAGUUUGGGAGCCAGAGAAAUCUCAGGGAGCCCAGGGCCGGCAGCUGGCUCGGCUCAGGGUGUCAAAAGAGCUGCAGUUCCCCCCUCGAGUGUGUGGUUUUUGGGUUCUGGGGGAGCUGUGCCGCUGCCUUCCGCCUUGCUUAGCAGCUCUCGGUGGUGUUCUGCUCUUUGCGCUGUCCCUACGGGUGAGUUUUGGCUGCUUUCGGGUGACUUUGCAGGGUAGCCUGGGGCUGCUCACUGUCCUGCUCCCAGCCGGCACCGUGUCCCCUGUGCUGCUGCAGCCUCUGAGCCACCUCCGUCUGUCCCCCUCCAGGUUCAGCAGCCAAGUGCCCCUGGGCUGGGGACACUCCCCACAUUGAAUGGCAGAGAAAAACCGAAUUUUUAAAGGUUUUUUUUGUUUGGUUGGUUGGUUUUUUUUAAUUUUUUCCCUGCCCAGCCCAUGCGAUGCUGGCAGGCCGAGGGCAGGGGACACCCGGGCAGGCUGGAGGACAAGGGCACAAAGGGCUUUUCCAGCCCUUGGCAUCACUUCAGCUCAAAAACUAGUUCAAACAGCAAAAGGAAAAAAGGAAACGCCAAGUUCCCGAGUACCAGCCAGCACUGCCACCCUAGCCGGAGCUGUAAGACACCGCAGAUGCCAUUGUCCCCUUGGGGACAGGCUGGGGGGGUGGCAUUUGAGGUGGGGACAGGACUCACCCAGCCAGACACGUGCAGGGCAAAGGGGGCUUUCUGUAAUACCUGGACUUGAAUUCAGAUUUGCUGCUGUUCCCGCUGCCACUACUGAUUGUGAUGAGAACCUCUUGGAAAUCAAUGUCUAAUACACCUCUAUUUUUUUUAAGAUGCUGCCAAUAAACGUUCCUGUGCUCAGUCGGGCGCGUGAGAGUGGGCAGGGGGUGGGCGCCAUCGAGGACGGCCAAACCCCACGGACCGGGGUCCCCCGCUGCCUGGCCUAAGUCCCAGCGAUAUUUUUAUUUAUUUUUUUUUUUUCCCCAUCCUGUAUAGCUUUAAUUACAAUUGCACGUAAGUAAUUAGCGUCCUGCCAAAAGCACCUGCAGGGUGGAUGUGGUUCUGCCCCGUUAGCGCGCGUCGGGCCCACAAGCAGCAUGGCUGAAGGGAGGGAUGGGCUGGGUCCAUGGGCCGAGGCCACUCGUGGGAGGUUCAACAAGGCCAAGGGCCGGGUCCUGCACUUGGGUCACAACAACCCCAUGACCCCCAGCCCACAACAACCCCACAACAACAGCCACAGGCAGGGGGCAGAGCGGCUGGAGAGCUGCCUGGUGGAAAAGGACCUGGGGGUGUUGGUCGACAGCCAUCUGAAUACGAGCCAGCAGUGUGCCCAGGUGGCCAAGGUGGCCAAGAGCAUCCUGGCCUGUGUCGGGAACAGUGUGGCCAGCGGGACUGGGGCAGUGACCAUCCCCCGGUACUGGGCACUGCUGAGGCCCCACCUCAAGGACUGUGUCCAGUUUUGGGCCCCUCACCACAAAAAAAGACACUGAGAGGCUGGAGCGUGUCC